UCGGAACUUUAUUUGUUAUUCGGACGUUCGGACCUCUCAGUCCUAGCGCAGUCGUCAUUGCUGACUGUGAAUGUCUAGAAUUAGAGCAUAUAUUAAAUUAUAAAUCGCUGAUUAAAGAUAAUAUAAAUAUAAUGAUUUUUAAAAAUUGUAUCGUCUUCAUUUCCAUCAUUUUGACUUCAGUCAUACCCAUCAGAGCUGUCCUGAAUUAUCACGAUGAGGAAUUUUUCGGUAAUACGGCUGAUCGAUACGACUGGCGAAAGCACCCCUGUAACCGCGAAUGCAUCGAAGGAGAGAAGCCGUUGCUCUGCAAGUACGUUUUUGUCGUAGAACAACUUAGCUCCAUGAGCAAGGCUUGUUACGACUGCCCCUUCAAUGUCAGCGAUUGCUUCAGACCUCACUGCAUGCCGACCGAUGGCGUGCAAAAGACUAUCGUUACAGCUAAUCGACAGAUACCAGGUCCGACUAUUGAGGUCUGUGUCAACGACGUAAUCGCGGUAGAGGUGAGAAAUCUCAUGAUGUCCGAGAGUACAACGAUCCAUUGGCAUGGAAUAAAACAGAUUGGGACUCCAUACAUGGAUGGUGUCCCUUUUGUGACACAGUGUCCCAUUUUGCCCGGAGAAAGAUUUCAGUACAUAUUCCAUGCUAACAAUAGUGGAACCUACUUUUGGCACUCGCAUAUUGGUAGUCAAAGAGGUGACGGUCUAUUUGGUCCAUUAAUUAUCCGUUUGCCGCCGAAUAAAAAUCCUUAUCGUAAUCUGUACGAUUACGACAAUCAACAUAUGUCUCUCUUAGACUGGGAAAACAUUGAGGGUUUGGAUGCAAUGGUUUGGGAGUAUCAGGACAAACCCAUUUACGUGCCAAAUACCAUUCUCGUAAAUGGUUUAGGACGUUAUAAGAAAUUCACUAAAGACAAUGAAAGCACUUAUGUGCCAUCUACUGUUUUUGAAGUUCAAUCGAGAAAAAGAUAUAGAUUUAGAGUGAUAAACGCUGGAGCCGGAGACUGCCCGAUGCUAAUGUCGAUAGAUAAUCAUACUAUGCUCGUCAUUAGUCUUGACAGCAGUGACAUAGAACCAGUUGAGGUUGAUACCAUAACAACUUGGGCUGGCGAAAGAGUAGAUUUUGUUCUCGCGGCAAAUCAAAUACCAGGAAACUACUGGAUUAGGUAUCGAGGUUACGGUCAAUGUCAGGAUUUGAAUUCAAACGCAACAGCGGUAGAAAGCGUUCACCAGGUGGCGAUUCUUAGGUAUUCUGGUGCACUACCUGAAGAUCCGAAGGAGUCUAUCGAUUAUUUCUUACCGAGAUACACAAACUAUACUCGGGCGCUGAAUCCUUACAACUCCGGAACCGAGACAUCGUACCAAGUUAAUAUAAGCAUUCCUUUACUGAACUCGAUAGCACCAAAUGAUCCUUCCAUAACCGAUCCCGUGGAUCAGCAAGUUUUUAUUACGUUUGAUUUCUAUAAUAUCGAUAAUUAUGACUUUCAUCGUAGAAAUCUGUACGGGUUCUAUCAAGUGGCACCCGAUCAUAGAAUAGGUACAUUGCAACUUAAUCAUAUAAACUUAAAAUUUCCCAAGGUUCCUUUACUGUCUCAGUACUACAUAAUCCCACCGGAAACUAUCUGCAACUCUUCUUAUGUUUUCGGAAGCCCAAACUGUAUGAAUGUGCAAUGUGCCUGCACUCAUGUUAUCAAUUUGAAACUUAAUUCUGUUGUAGAGAUCGUUUUGAUUGAUCAAGGAAUCUCUCCAUUUAUAGUAAAUCACCCGAUGCACUUACACGGCUACUUUUUCCGAGUAAUCUCGGAAGUAAAUAUUUUGGAUGGCGUGAUGACGGUUGAUCGAUUUAAACAGAUGGAUAUGGAUGGAAAAGUUGUAAGGCGAUUGGAUCACGCUCCCAAGAAGGAUACUAUCAAAAUACCUUCUGGAGGCUAUACAAUUAUUAGAGUCUACACUCAUAAUCCUGGCUACUGGUACUAUCAUUGUCACUUUGAAGAGCACAACAACGUGGGAAUGGCUCUGAUUUUUAAAGUUGGUGAACACGCAGAUUUCGCACCCGAACCUAAAGAUUUUCCGAAGUGCGGAGAUUACGCUCCUUUAGUAAUGAAGUAGUUAAUUAUUACUUUUUUCUGUUUUAAAAAUUAAUAUAAUAGUAUUCUACCUAGAUUUUCCAAUUUUUUCGAAUAAAAAGAAUACAAGAAAAACAAAA